GCUCCUGCAGGACCUCCGGGAUAUUUUGUCCAGCAGGAAUCCAGCAGCAUUUUCCUUGGAAAACACACAAAAUCCUCCAGUGCUCUGGGAUUUUCCACGAGGAGCUGCCCACUAAGAAAUGUCAGAUCCUCCUGGGGGAGAAAACAAAACAAAUCCCAGGGAAAUCCUCUCCAAGAGGAAGCGCAGUGUUGGACAAUCCCAGCCCUGAGGAUGCCUCGUUUCCUGCUGCUCCCGAUCCAAGGAGCCCCAGAGCCGUGAGGAGAUUCAGGCUGGAGAGAAGAGAAAAGCUGCUCCCAGGGAGGAUGAGCUCCGUGAUCCCGCUGCUGCUGCUGCUGCUUCCAGCCGGGAAUGCCGGCUCCCAGCCGGAGCAGGCGCUGCCCAGGCGGCGCCUGGCGUGCGUGAGGUGCUGCGGGCCCUCGGAGCAGCCCGUCUCCAUCUUCUCCCAAAGAUCCGCCAGGAUGAGCGGCCACCCCCAAUAUUCCCUGCCCAAAAUCCAGCCCACCAUCGACAUCACCAUCCUCAAAGGCGAGAAGGGCGAGAUGGGCGAGCGGGGAUUCCCGGGAGCGGCGGGGAAGGCGGGAGAGCGCGGAUCCCGCGGGCCGAGCGGCCGCAAGGGCCAGAAGGGCCAGGCGGGUCCCCAGGGCCACCCCUGCAAGCUGCUCUUCGCCGCCUUCUCCGUGGGCCGCCGCAAGGCCCUGCACAGCUCCCUCUACUUCCAGCACGUCACCUUCGACACCGAGCUCGUCAACCUCUACCAGCACUUCAACAUGUUCUCCGGGAAGUUCUUCUGCUACGUGCCCGGCAUCUACUACUUCAGCCUCAACGUGCACACCUGGAAUUUCAAGGAGACCUACGUGCACCUGAUGAGGAACGAGGAGGCCGUGGCCAUCCUGUACGCCCAGCCCAGCGACAGGAGCAUCAUGCAGAGCCAGAGCCUGAUGCUGGAUCUGCGGGAAGGGGAUGAGGUUUGGGUCAGGAUGUUCAAGAGGGAGAGGGAAAACGCGAUUUACGGCGAGGAGUCGGAUCUUUACAUCGUCUUCAACGGGCACCUGAUCAAACCCGCCCUGGAGUAGGAGCUCCCCUGGCUCCAGGGCCGAGCUUUGGGACAUCCAGCACUGCCUUCCCUGGAGAAGCGCAGCUCGGAUUCCGUCUGGAAGCAGCCCUGGAAGAGUUGUUUCCCCACAUCUGCGUGGCUCCAAGCCGCACAAGAAUUCCAGAAGGUUCCCAGCUCCCUUGGUGGCCCCUCGGGAGCAUCCCUGCGGCUUGUCCAGCUGACAGCAAAAAUCCCCCUUCUUUCCCUGCGUCUCCCAUCCCAUUUGGAAAAGUUGCAGCCCUUGGAAGGGUGGUUUUCCCACUCAUUUAUGGAGGGAGGGAACUGUUCCAACUGCACAAGAAUUCCAGAAGAUUCCCAGCUCCCUGUGUAGCUCCUCAGGAACAUCCCUGAAGAGCUACCAAGUUAGCAGCAAAAAUUCCCCUUCUUUCCCUGCGUCUCCCAUUCCAGUUGCAGCCCUUGGAAGGGUGGUUUUCCACCCUUCCAAGGCGGCUGCUCCACCUGCACAAAAAUUCCAGAAGGUUCCCUGGUCCCUGUAAGGACCCUCAGGAACAUCCCUGAAGGGUUUGCCAAGCUGACAGCAAAAAUUCCGCCUUGCUCUGCAUCUCCAGUCCCUGUUGGAAUAUUUGAUGGGUGGGUUUCCACCCCUGGGUGGGUGGAGGGAGCUGCUCCACCUGCACAAAAAUUCCAGAAGAUUCCCAGCUCCCUGUGCAGCCCCUCAGGAACAUCCCCAAAAGUUUGCCAAGCUGGCAGCAGAAUUUCCCUCCUUUGCUGGGCUUUAGAUAGAGAAUUACAACAAUUAGGAUAUAAUUACCAUUAAAUAAUUAUCCUUGAGGGCCAGAGUGGUUAUCCAGGUGCUAAUUAAGGAAUUCUGUUAUUCCUGCAAAAAUCUCAGUGAAUUAGAGCCACCCCCCUCAGCAGAACCAAGCUGGCUCCUCUCAGGCAGGAAUUUUGGCAUUGAAAUCCAUAUUUUGCACGGGAAUUAAUCCCAAAUUCCAGCUUGGUUCCAUUCUGUGCCGUAUCCCAUGGUUCCAGCAGAAUGGUGGAAUUGGAGGAAUAACAAACAGCAGAUGGAUUCAGGGAAACAGAGCUCGGUACAACCACAAGCUCCAGAGAAAAACUUCCCAGGAGAACACCCAGCCUGCCUGGGAAUGGGUUUCCCAGCUGGACAAAAGGCUGGGAAUUUGGGAUUUGCCAAGCUGGGAUUGCAGGCUGUGCUCCCAUCUGGACGUUCCCAUUUUGGAGCACCAGCAUUUCUGGGAAAUGGAGGAAAAACUGGAAAGAAAAAGGGUUUUUGGUUUUAUUUUUUUGGGCUUCUUUUUUUAGGCAUUUGGGGUUUUUCCUCAGGGAUUACCGCCUUGGAGCACCAUCAUUGCUGGGAAAUGGAGGAAAAACAGGAAAGAAAAAUGGGUUUUUCUUCAAG